CCAUCCAGUCACAUCGCGGUCUGGGCGUGUCUCCAGUGUGUGCAUUGUCCUAUACCCGGCAGGACCGGGGAGCUCGGUGUACUCGGUGCGGCCUCUCCACCUCCAGCUCGGUCAGCUGUCACUCAUGCUGCACACAAUGUGGCCCCGGUGGGCUCUCCAAAGGGGCCACUCCAUGGGCUCUCUCCGGAGACUCUACCAUGGAGACAAAGUGGCCACGAUCGGAUCCGCAGCCGACACUAAUUCCACAUCAUACCAGGAAAGUUACGAGAGAAUGAAAGCAUUAGUAUGUGAACUCAAGGAGAAAGCAGAAAAGAUACGUCUUGGAGGAGGAGAGAAGGCCAGAACACUCCAUACUUCAAGAGGUAAACUGCUUCCACGGGAGAGGAUCGACAGACUCAUAGAUCCUGGAUCCCCUUUCCUGGAAUUCUCCCAGUUUGCUGGUUACCAGUUAUAUGGUAAUGAGGAGGUCCCUGCUGGAGGUGUCAUCACUGGUAUCGGUCGCGUAUCUGGGAUUGAGUGCCUGAUUGUAGCUAAUGAUGCCACUGUGAAAGGUGGAACCUACUAUCCCAUCACAGUAAAGAAGCACCUCCGAGCACAAGAGAUUGCAAUGCAGAAUCAUCUCCCCUGUGUAUAUCUGGUGGAUUCUGGAGGAGCAAACCUACCUCGUCAGGCUGAUGUAUUUCCAGAUAGGGAUCAUUUCGGUAGAAUCUUCUACAACCAAGCCAUGAUGUCUUCACAAGGAAUCUCUCAGGUAGCGGUAGUGAUGGGAUCUUGUACAGCAGGAGGAGCAUACGUUCCAGCUAUGGCUGAUGAAAGCAUCAUUGUUCAAAAGCAGGGAACUAUAUUCUUAGGAGGACCUCCAUUAGUAAAGGCUGCUACUGGAGAGCAAGUAUCUGCUGAAGAUUUAGGAGGGGCUGAUCUACACUGUAGGAAAUCUGGUGUCACUGAUCACUACGCUUUAGAUGACAGCCAUGCCCUUCAUCUUGCACGGAAAGCAGUACGCGCCCUAAACUAUAAAAAGACACUAGAUGUUACUGUAGAAAAUCCUGAAGACCCCCUUUUCCCAGCAGAUGAGCUGUAUGGAAUUGUUGGAGACAAUUUGAAGAAGAAUUUUGACGUUCGAGAGGUCAUUGCCAGGGUUGUUGAUGGAAGCAAAUUUGACGAGUUCAAGGCACUUUAUGGAGAUACACUAAUAACCGGCUUUGCCAGGAUAUUUGGUUACCCUGUUGGUAUUAUUGGAAAUAAUGGUGUCCUUUUCUCUGAAUCUGCAAAAAAGGGCACGCACUUUAUUCAGCUGUGUUGUCAACGAAACAUUCCUCUCCUUUUCCUGCAGAACAUUACAGGUUUUAUGGUUGGACGUGAUUAUGAAGCUGGUGGAAUAGCAAAGGACGGAGCCAAAAUGGUGACCGCUGUAGCCUGUGCCAGCGUGCCCAAAAUUACUGUUAUUAUUGGAGGCUCUUAUGGGGCAGGAAAUUAUGGAAUGUGUGGCAGAGCUUACAGCCCUCGUUUCCUUUACAUGUGGCCUAAUGCUCGAAUAUCAGUGAUGGGUGGUGAACAAGCUGCUACAGUAUUGGCUACAAUUGCUAAAGAUCAGAAAGCAAGAGAAGGAAAGGCAUUUUCAGAAAAAGAAGAAGCUGCUCUGAAGGAACCAAUUAUUAAAAGAUUUGAGGAGGAAGGAAAUCCAUAUUACUCGAGUGCUAGGUUAUGGGAUGAUGGGAUAAUUGAUCCGGCUGACACCAGGUUGGUCCUGGGACUGAGCCUCAGUGCUGCUCUAAAUGCACCAACACAGAAAACUCAGUUUGGAGUUUUCAGAAUGUGAUUCGCUCCGGAGCCUAAGCCAAUACUGCAAUCUGUCAUGGACUUGUCAUUUAUAAGAGCUUUCUAU